AGGAAUACGAAUAUACGGUCAAAACAUCACUUUCACCAGUCCCACUAUCUCCGGUCCGAAUGAGGUCUCGCCUCCCUCCUAUCCCUAACCUCCUCCGCAACCUCCACUCUUCUCCACACCUAUCUUCAAUGGCCACAACUGCCCUCAUUUUCCGGUCAGUCUGUUCACCGUCAUCCAGCCUCCCAACCUUCCGGUCACCGGUCACCUCUUCACGCCCUAACAUUCCGUUUUCCGCUUCAAUUUCAACUUCUAAACCACUGUUUGGCGGUUUGUUCGGUUCUGUUAGUCGCGAUGGAGACUGGAUGCGUUCUGGAAGGUUCCGGAAGGUGUACGCGUCGCAGCGAGGGUACAGGAAGGUGCGAGGUCGUUCGUCGGUUAGGAGGAAGGAGAAGGGGAAGGAGUUGGAGCUUGAUGUUAAGAUUUGUGUUGAAGAGCAGUUGCCUGAUGAUCCUGAAAUUCUGGAUAUUGCAGAAAUGCUUCGUCUGAACGUUCCAAUGGCUAUGAAGCUAGCAUUUGAUGAUUUAAAAGAUUCAGAUUAUAAAACAAGAGAUCCUGCCAUUGAUGAUGUUGGCCAAUAUGAGAAUGUUGAGUUAUCACUACUUCUUUGCAAUGACGAUUUCAUCCGUCAGCUAAAUAAAGAUUGGAGAAAUGCGGAUUAUGCUACUGAUGUUCUUUCUAUGUCUCAGCAUGUCCCUGAACUCAACCUUCCAAUGUUAAUGUUGGGUGACAUAGUAAUUUCAGUGGAAACAGCGGCAAGACAAGCUGAGGAAAGAGGGCACACUCUUCUUGACGAGAUACGUAUUCUUCUGGUUCACGGGUUGUUGCAUCUAAUGGGAUUCGAUCAUGAGCUGAGUGAUGAAGCCGAGUCGGAGAUGGAGGGUGAGGAGGAACGUCUUUUGAAAGGUUUAGGAUGGAAAGGGAAAGGGUUGAUCCAGAGUGCAUCUACUGCUGAAGAUGAUGAAAACCCUCUACCAAAUACUCCUACUGAUGGAAGGAAGAAAGAAGGUAGUCUUCGAUUCUACAAGCCAAAGUUCAGUUAUAUCUUCUGUGAUAUGGAUGGUACGCUGCUGAAUAGCAAAAGUCAAAUAUCUGAGACAAAUGCAAAGGCUUUAAAAGAGGCUUCAUCAAGAGGCGUAAAAGUGGUUAUAGCAACCGGAAAAACCCGGCCAGCUGUUCUUACUCUUUUGAAGUCGGUAGAUCUAGCAGGCAAAGAUGGAAUUGCCUCAGAGUAUUCACCAGGUGUUUUCAUACAGGGUUUGCUUGUUUAUGGAACACAAGGACGGGAAAUUCACAGAAGAAAUUUGGAUGUAGAUGUUUGCAGAGAGGCAUUUAAUUACUCUGUUGAGCACAAUAUCCCACUUAUUGCAUUCAGCGAGAAUCGUUGCUUGACCUUAUUUAACCAUCCGCUAGUGGACUCGCUCCACACCAUAUAUAAUGAGCCUAAGGCAGAGAUUAUGUCUUCGGUGGAUCACCUCUUAAGUAGUGGUGAAGUGCAGAAGGUGUUAUUUUUGGACACUGCUGAAGGGGUGGCUGGCACACUGAGGCCAUACUGGUCAGAAGCAACAGCGGGUCGUGCCUCUGUUGUCCAAGCACAGGCCGAUAUGCUUGAAAUCGUGCCACCUGGCAGUUCAAAGGGCAGUGGAGUCAGAAUGCUGCUUGACCAUUUUGGUGUUACUGCAGAUGAGGUAAUGGCGAUUGGUGAUGGUGAAAACGACAUUGAGAUGAUUGAAUUGGCUUCUUUAGGGAUAGCUCUCAGUAACGGGACAGAGAAAACAAAAGCUGUAGCUAACGUAAUUGGUGUCAGCAAUGAUGAAGAUGGAGUUGCUGAUGCGAUUUAUAGGUAUGCAUUCUAAAUCAUACAUUUGAGUUCAGACUCAAAAAUCCGCUAUUUUUUAUUACAUAUUCCGAUUGGGAUUCUUAUUCACUAUUGAAUUAGUUGGCUAGAUAUUACUAAACGGAAAGAAAAAGAAGCCUUAGUGCUUCUAGAUCCGUAGAUGAACAAGCGAACAUCGCGAUUCUUUUGUACCAUUUAAUAUAAGGUAUAAUAAUGUCGAUCAAUUACAAUGUGUUUUAAUGAAUUGCUAUUUGCUC